AUGCAGUCACAGCACGAUAACGCACAGCAACGCCGUUCGAGUACCGCCCAUUCGCGUCAACCCACCUCGUCAUCAUCCAUCGCACCUCCUCCCGACCCUUCUCAAGCGUUCGAUCCGCAGCAACAGCAACCGCGACAUCAAGAACAGCAAAAUGAAGCGCAGGCAUCGAUGCAGAGACGGCCCUCUCAGACUGCGGCAUCGCAGUUGACCAAGCUCGACGGCGUCAUUUACCACUUUUACACCACCACAGCCAACCUCAUUAUCCAGUCUCGUCUUGCGCAUCUGCGUCCCCUUUUGCUGGCUACACCACCUUUUGAUGCUUCCCCCACCGAGCAGCGGCCUACAUCGGCAGCAGGCUCGUCCUCGCAGACCAAGCUGUCAAGAUGGUUCGGUCUCCAUAUCCCAGACAGCGAUCUGUUCAAAGAGGAGCUUCGAUUUUGGCGCUCAGUCACUUCUUUGAUGGGCAUAGACUCUCUCGAUGACGAGUCAUUGUCGCGUUUGUCUGAAGUUCCUGAUCUGCUCGUGGACGUCUUGCUCGAUCUCUCAACGGUGUCCGAACGGCACGAGAUCCUCAUUCUUACCAAACCUUCACCGCCUGGCUCCACUCGCUUCUCUCAAUCUCAUGCAUCAAGCAGUCGUAUCUGCAUUGACGGCAGGAGACCUGGCGAGCCUGCUUCCUCGCCAUCAUCGCCACGGCCUCAGAGGAUUGUGCUUGAGCGGUGGAGGUUGUGCUUUCAGUCAACACAGCCUUCUGACCCACCAGAUCUGUCCACCUUCUACAAACGCUCCGUCGUGCACUUCCGUGCGCUUUUCACAUUGCUCUGCUCUCUUCCCGCGAAUCACCUCUCGGCCAAGAUUGAAGCGCUUAAAGCCUCUGCCGAUGAUCGCAGCAAGAUAUCACAUCCUUCCCAUCCGUCCUUAGCAGCACGGGAGGACAUGGGUUCCUAUGAUGCAGAAAUGACAGUCGGUUGCAGACUCGACAUGGCUUCUCCCGUGGCAGAGCAAAAGCAAUCUGCCUUGCCCGACGAGGUCAGUGUUUCUCAUGCCUUGCCAGCGGAGGGAGACCUCUCUUUCUUCAAGCAAAAUGAGGCAGAUCCCAUCAACGACGGUCAAUACACGUCUCAUGGCCACUACGCGACACGCACUUUGCCACCGAUCGCCACUCCUGUCGGCUACCUCGAGCUCUCGGUCACCUACCGCAAGCUAACUGGUUUCUCAAUCGAAGAUGCAGAAAGUUUGCGCAACGCCAACGAUAUCAAAGUCGAUCUGGACGAAGACUAUUUUCGAACUACUCAUCCUGCUGAGCGAAUCCCUUCCCAACUGUCAAAGCCGUCAACAAUAUCAGCAGCGUCUCCUCCUGGAACGGAGGUCCAACCAGCAUCGGAAGACCGCACUACGCAGCCCACCAAAUCGCCGAUUCCAGCACCAGUACAGCAGCGAAUCGGAGGUAUCUCGGCUGCAAGACCAGCAACAUUAGCUGCUCAAAGAUACUCGCCUGACGUAACACCAGCUAGUACCGAGGCAAUGCUGUCUCAGUCGCCUGCAAGUACCAGCGUUUUCAGCACAAGCGCAUCCGGCCGUCACUCGGCCGGUCUUUCGAGCUUCAGGAGAGCGAGCUCCACCAAAAGCAACGUCUCUCUCAUGAGUCCUGCCACUACACCUGCAGCACCUUCGAGUCCCGCAUUAGCCGCAGCAUUGAGUGCAGAACCGGCUUUCGCUGUCCCAAGCUCUGUACGCAGACCCAGCACCAGUGAAAGACGGCUUCGAACGCUAAGUGGUCUUUCGAGUGGGCAGCCUAGUCCGCCCGUGUCGCCUGCAGCUGCUACUCUUGAGCUCCCAGAAGCAGGCACAAACGCGCCAAGAAGCGCAUCUGGAGCCUUCUCGACUAGCGCGACAGGGCCUUCGCUCACGACACGGACAACAAGUGGCUUCAGCGGAUCGAUGGCUGGCAACAUGGGGCCACCAUCUUCUCAGCCUCGACCCAGUGUCUCUUUCAGUUCUUCGUCACCUUCUCCACUGGCACAGCAGAUGUCGAUGCCAGGGCCAAGGUCAGCUGGCGGACAAGGCUUGGCUCCUUCCGCUUCUCAGUCGGUGUCGUCGUCGUUCAGGAGUGUGCCAGGCUCUGGCCUGCGAUCAUCCAUGUCGGGCACCGGUGUCCUCGCCACACCGAGCCUUCGUAGUGUCUUCCAGAACUACGUGCCCCGAUCACAGAAUGUCUCCACCGCUUCCAUUGCACGAACACCGCCCACCUCAACCAGCGUCUUUGCACAAGGCAGCUACUCGCCCUCCAAUCUGGGCACAGGUCCGAGGAACUCUAGCGUUCGAAGAAACUCGAGCACUAGCGAUGCAGGAUCUGGAUUUGCCUUUGCUACGAGCAUAACGGCAUCGUCGGCCGCAGCCAAGCCGCAGUUGAUCAAACGCUACAGCACCAACUUUUCAUACCGGCAGAAUCGGGAACGCUCUGGCAUCUAUGGCAGCAGUCUGGGCUCGGAAGGAUCUGGAUCUGUCGGUGCAGGUGCUGAGCCGUCGAGUUAUCCGCGCUUUGGUGGUGGCGGAAGCUUGAGCUCUGCGUACGGCCGGAGCUGGGUUUCUAGGAUGGAGCAGCGUCAAGGUCUCGGUACAGGUGGGGCAUUUGCAAGGACCUCGAGUCUCGAUGAUGCUACGGCUGCAGCGACUGCUUCGUCUGCUUCGCGGUUGCGAUCGAAUCCGGGUGCAAGUGUUUCGCAAACGGGCGGUCUGACCCCGAGUCCGAGGAGUCACGAUGAAGAUAUGGAUGAUCUUGUGCGGCUGUUAGAGACUCGACCAACCUUUGGCGCUUCAUCGAUGGGCAAGUUGACUAGCUCGAGGAACGAGCGAAGGAAUGCUCCUGGAUUGAGCAGUACACCUGAAGAAGGAGGUGGAGCAGGCGGUCGCGCAGGUCCUGCGUCUGACGCGCUUACAGAAUCAGUGCAGUCCAAUCUAGGCCAGGACCGACCCUCUUCGCUUUCCGGCAGCGGUCUUCGAUCGGGCGCGGUACUUCGUACUGCCAAUCCAAUGUCACGCAGCCAGCUGGAUGAGCUGCUCAGUCGAAUGGCCGAGUCUGUCGGCAUUCUGGGCUCGAAGGAGACGAGCUCGUCGGCAAGCGGCGAAACGUCGUCAGAUGUCGCUGCCUCAAAUGAUACCCGACAUAGAGCUUCUCCUUCAACGGGGCCAGCAAGCAGUCGACCCUUAGCAUCUCAGAACGAUCAGUCCUCACAGCCUCUUACAGCCGCACAGGUUGCAGCAACUCUAGGCAAAGGUAGAGGAAGUGCUGGAAAGGAGGCUGAUCUCGUGACUGACACUCCCAUCAGUCGAGUCUCGAAUCCCGGUACUAUCUCAAGGACUGUGUCCGGCGAUGCCGGAUUACGGUCUCACAGUGCAGUACCUCAACAAGUGCGUGCCUAUGGUACCAGUACGAUGCGUGCCGCGAGCGCUUCAGGGCUGGCAGCAGACCAAGGGUCACGAUUGUCACUUGACCCCGCUGAGGUCACCUCGACUCAGUCUGUUGUGCCAAAUGCUGUGGAUUCGAACCAGAUGCCAGAGUACGAAGCAGAGGGCGAUCUUAUGUUCAGAGUCGAUGGUCAAGCGGACUACGAUCCCGAAGACGAACUGCCAGGCGAGAUGGAGAUGGUCGCAGACGAAGAGACUAGCACGGGUACAGCUGUUCGGCCGGCAGAUGCAGUCACCUCAACCUUUGGAGGCGGGGUGGAAGGCGGUAUGGGUGCAACUUUCCCCGUCGGAGCACAUCGCGAGGGUAGAACGCACGAUUGGCAUGCAGCAGAUCGAUGGGAGCGAGAACGAGCUCUGGAGGCAGAACGACGACGUGCGGAUGCCGAAAUGUCACGUAACUUUGGUCAAGAAGUUGGAGCAAGCACACGUGGUAGAGGCUCACAUAGUCCUUGGCGUACCACCACUCAUUCUCCUGCCCAACAACAUCAAGCGGCCGCGGCAGCGGUGCCGAUGUCACUUCAGUCACAGUCUACUGCUGGUGCUGUUGGGUUUAGGUCCAGCUCGACAAGACCGUUGACGGGCACUGCGAAUAGGUUAAUGGGUGUAAGUGGUGGAGGAGGUGGUGCUUUCGGUGAUGGUGGAAAGAGAGGGUAUGGGCUUAGUGCACCAUCGACACAACAGUUUCAUUAUCCGAGUCAUGGUGGUAGGGAUGGUGCGAAUUCGUAUCCUGAUAGUAGGGAUGAGAUGUUUGAUGAUGAUGAAGAGGGAGCUGAUGAGUGA